AUGAGUGCAAAAGAGUUCACAGAUUUAUUGGUGGAAUAUAUAUUAGAAAGAAAAAUACAAGGUGACCUCCACGAUGGGCAAGAUUUUAGCGAAAAAAUAUGGAACGAUAUAGAAAAUAUGUUCAAGGAAUUGGUUCUAUAUGUAGAUGAUAGGAAGAACAACCCUAUGCUACAGGUAAUGUGCAACUACAGUGACUUCAGCGCAGAAUAUCUUAAGGGUCCGUUGAAUAGAUUUUUAUGCAUGGAGGUCGGGAAAAUAUUUUAUUAUAUGGAGGGAUUGAAUAACAACGGAACCGCACAGAGGAGUACGGAUCCAGGAGAACGCGAGCUGCGGAACUACUUAAGGUGCAUGAUAGGGACCUGGACCCUCAUGAGCUUACAUGGCAACAAAUGUAACAUCAGAGAAAUAACGACACAUGUUUCCACAUUAAUGCGUACGCUGGCGCACACGUUCCAUGCUGUAACUAAUAGAGACACAUGUGCUUGGGUUACAUUUGAGGAACUCAAAAUUGGGAUGCGUUUAACGGGGGAAGCAAUGGAACAAUGGGUAACCCAAUGGAAAAGCAGAAGGUCUAAGAUAACUCAGGGAAUUAGAGCAGGAGGAUGUGAUAAGCUUGGAGGAGGGCGGAUGCGGAUAGGAAGUGGACAAGGAGAUGCACCAAGCAACAACAUUGAUAUAUUGAAAAGUGAGAAUUUAGACCAACUACACAGCUUGAUCGAGAACAAGGAGUACCUACCGAAAGCUAGGGUACGCGACAUAAUGGUAAAAGUCGGAAAUAGUAAGAACACGCAACAAGGUAAAAAAAUAUUAGAGGACGCAAUAAACACUUGGGACCAGGAAAGGAAUAAAAUAUCAUCCAAUGCAGCAGAGACAUCAUCAACACCAGCAGCUCCAUCGGGCGGGUCAGAACACGGUAAUCAGGAUGCAUCCACUAAUACCAGCGGUCAACAACCACAAGCAGGACGCAGACCGCCUGCCGCACCUCCGCACCCGCAUGCGGCGAAACCGGCAUCACCACCGGGACGGGGGCUAACGACCCCCUCGGGGACGAAGACUUCCGCAGGAGACAAGUGUGAUUGGAAGAGCGUAUUAGACAAAGGGAGGAACAGUACAUUAUAUGUGAUGCGGGGUUAUAAUGAGAACCAGAGGACGAAGUUGAAGAGUGUGCUAGAUGCAUUUGCACAACAUAUGCAGAAGCACGAGCAGCUCAUGGAACAAUUAGGUGCAAACUGUGAUAAUUCUGGUUGGGAAGAUUUCACACCGGGGGUAUAUCACAAGGAUCAGACCGUCGGGGAUAUGAUGAGAUGUAGACUUAUGAAUACUGCAUUGUGGUUUGCAAACAAGGAUGACAAGGAUGAUGAGGAGGUGAACAGGUUAAGAUGUGAAGUAGCAAAUGUUUUUGGAUAUAUACUGAAAAAUAUAUAUUGUAAGGAUAAGGGCGGAUACAAUAGAGGUAUAGAGUAUGCAUAUACAGCAAUGAGAAAUAUGGGCAACACGGUAAAUGGAACAGAGGGAUUAAAGGGUCCCGUGGCAGAGGGCAGAUGCACCAUGUGCGGAUAUGUAGGCCAUACACACAAUGUGGAAGCAGUAAAUUUGGAAAUAGCACAAUGGUUAAUGAAUCAAGGAGGAAUAUUGGCAGAAAUACAACAACUGCAGCAGCAACGGCCCUGUGCGGAGUAUUGGCAAGAUUAUAUUAAGAAGGAGGCAGCCGAAAGUGGCCCUGUAAAGGACACUUUGAAGCCAGAAGCAAUGGAAGAAAUGGACAAAGCAAAGAAGGAAAUAAAGAAGACAGCAACGAGGGUGUUUGAGGCAGCGGAGAAAAAGGUACAGGAUAAAAUUACGGAAUUGCAAGGUAAGAAUACGAACAUACGGCCCGAUACGUACCGAACGAAUAUGGAUGGACGGCCACCACAACAACACACGCACAUGCGGCGAGAACAGCACAAUCCAUAUUAUAAUGUACAAGCCCACUUUCUUUUUUUUCUCUUUGGCACGGCGAAUCUGUAUUUUUCACCAUACUACUGUUAUUUGUGUACUGUAAUAUACAUCUUAAUUUCUUUUCAUAUAAAAUUAAAUGAAAACAUUUUAGAAAUGGGUUAA